GUGCUCCGCCAGCCAGGCCUCCAUGUUGCGUCGGUCGCGCGUUCGCUUUCAAAACGUUUCAAAUCUCGGCGGCUUGGAACGUUCGCGUUUAUCAAGGCGGUAGAUCCACGCCCGGUCGCAAACGUUGUUCGUAAGAACGGCAAUUUUCUAUAUAUAUAUACAGGGGGCAUACUUAGGCCGAAGUGACCGCGCGCGGGUUUCCGCGAGGCGUUUCGGUGGCGGGCGGGAGGACCACGGGCCCCGCUAGGCCGCGUUUCCUGAGGCCUGCUUCGGGCUCCGCAGAGAAGAAAAGAUUACAGCGGAUCUUAGCGGCGAUAGUUUACUACGUUUCGCGAGAGUAGUCGCUACUAAGACAAUGGCGCAGAAUGCGAAUAAGCCCAAGUCGUUGGAAGCGCGGCUGCUCGACCUGAGUUGGCCUGCACAGCAGCCCAUGCCUUACCCACCUCAUUUAAACCGGGCACCCAUGGGCAUGCCUGCUCUUGGGCCUGGCAUUGGCCAGUUCCCAUCUUUCAGGCCUGGAGUACCUGUGCCACCAGGAACCCCACUCCUGCCAGUUCCUGUGGGUUUACUGGGACCAUCAUCUGGCCCUGUGCUGCUGCCCACACCCAACAUACCAGCGUUACCUGUCAAGCCGCUGAUGGCCCGAGUGCGUGAACGCCCCGCAGAAGAAUACAACGGUCCCACCACCACUGUCUUCGUGGGCAACAUCACGGACAAGGCGUCCGACGUGCUCAUUCGGCAGAUGCUCGCGAAAUGUGGGACUGUUGUGACCUGGAAAAGGGUACAAGGUGCCUCGGGAAAACAACAGGCAUUUGGCUUUUGUGAGUACAGCGAGCCGGCGUCUUCCUUGCGUGCCAUACGCUUGUUACACGACUUUCAGCUGGGAGACAAGAAGCUGCUGGUGAAAGUGGAUGCCAAGACCAAGGCACAGCUCGAGGAGUGGAAGGCGAAGAAGAUGGGUACCAACGGGGAGGCAAAAACUGAGGAGGAUGCAGAGGAGCUGGAUGAGGUUACACAGAAGCUGGACCAGACGGCGAAGGAGGCCCUAGACCAGCUGCUCGUCGACUUCUCCAAUGAUCUCAAGGCUACCACGGAGGCACCCAAGCGGCGGCGUAGAGACAAAAAGGAUGAUUUAUCGGAGGACCUCAACAAAAUGGAGAUUGAAGAAGAGAAAAAAGACCUCAUUUCCCGCGAGAUCAGCAAAUUCCGCGACACACACAAGAAACUCGAGGAAGAGCGCGAGAGGCAGCAAGAGCAAGAGCGCGACCGCGACAGGGAAAAAGAACGCGAGCGAGAGAAAGAUAAAGAUCGGGAGAGAAACAGGGAGAGGGAUAAGGACAAGGAGAAGGAGCGUGAUCGCGUAGACAAGGACAAAGAGCGGGACAGGGACAAGGAGCGUCGGGAAGAGCGCGAGAAGGAGCGCGAUCGUGACAAGGACUCGCACCGGGACAAGGACGUUCACCGGGACCGACGUGACCGGGGGGACCGGGGGGACCGCGAGAAGGAGCGGGAGAAGGAACGUGAGCGCGAGAGGGAGCGUGAGAAGGAGCGCGAGAGGGAGCGGGAACGGGAGCGUGAGAGGGAGCGGGAACGGGAGCGCGAGAAGGAGCGGGAGCAGCGCGAGCGGGAGAGGGAGCGAGAGCGGCGCAGCACUUCCAAUAGAGAUAGCAGGGAUCGGGAGAAGAGGCGCGAGACCCGUGAGCCACGUGAGCCACGUGAGACACGUGAACCACGUGAGCCACGUGAACCACGCGAGACACGCGAGCCGCGGGACAAGGAAGAGGACGAAGAGGAGUUGCACGAAAGGCGGAAACUGGAGCGUCGUCUUCGUGAGAAAGAAGCCGCCUAUCAGGAGCGCCUAAAAAACUGGGAGACCCGCGAGAAGAAGAAAGCGCGGGACUAUGAAAAGGAGAUGGAGCGCGAGGCAGAGAGGCGGCGAGAAAUGGCAAAGGAAGCUAAACGCUUGAAGGAGUUUUUGGAAGAUUACGAUGAUGACCGAGAUGAUCCCAAGUACUACAAGGGCAGUGCUCUGCAGAAGAGGCAGUGGGAUCGCGUGAAGGAGGUGGAGUCGGAUGACCGUGACCGCAAGCGCGAACGAGAGGAGCUGGAGGAGAUACGCAAGAGGCUUGUGGAGGAGGGACACCCGGAUCCCGAUGGAGAGAUCAAACGGCAAAUGGAGAAGGAAGCGGAGAAGGAAAACAAGCCGCCCAUCAAGGAGGAGUCUGACCACGAGGAGGAGCGUGUUGAGCGUGGCGAGCGAGGCGACCGCGUUGAGCGUGGCGAGCGUGGCGAGCGUGGCGAGCGAGGCGAGCGAGGCGAGCGAGGUGAGAGAGGCGACAGGAAGCAGCUCCUGGACUCCGACGAGCGCAGCCGCCCGGCCAAGGACUCGAGCGACGACGAAGACGUAGCUGCCGCCGACAACGAUGACGACGAAGAUGACGAUCGUGGGGACGAGGAGAGCGGCGGUGGUACCCGCCGGGAGCCAGCUACGCGAGACACGGACAGCGACGCAGACAGGAAGCCUCCUCGCUUUGUGGAGAAGCUGCGUCCGAUCGGGUCACAGGCGGCAGCGGAGCCGUCGGAAUCGUCUGCGAGCAGCCACCCGUCGCCUGCGUCACCGCAGGAAGAGUCGCCGCGCGGAAUCAUCAUCCCGCACGAGAACUCGCCCACGCGCAGCCAGCCCGACGAGAAGGACAAGAAGCCCAAGCUGAGCCUCAAAUUGACCGGCUCAAACAACAGCCCAAUGUCACUGGGAUCGGGGAACGUGAAGCGGAAGAAGCUCAAGGAUAACAUCUUCUCCAACGAAGACGACGAGGACAACGAGGAGGCGCCCAAGCGGCGCAAGCUCGUGCCCCUGGACUUCACGGAGGAGGAGCGAGCAAGCGUCUCCACGGAUCUGCCGAGCAACAAGAAUGUGGCGUCGAGCGAAGAGAAGCGCAAGCACAUCAAGAGCCUCAUCGAGAAGAUCCCCACCGCCAAGCCCGAGCUCUUCGCCUACACUCUUGACUGGACCAUGGUUGAUUCGACUCUUAUGGAGCGGCGAGUGAAACCUUGGAUCAACAAGAAAAUCAUUGAGUACAUUGGAGAGGAGGAACCGACGUUGGUUGAGUUCAUAUGUACUAAGAUUUUGGCCCACAGUGCCCCACAGAGCAUCCUCGACGAUGUGUCAAUGGUGCUGGAUGAUGAGGCAGAGGUGUUUGUGGUGAAGAUGUGGAGGUUGCUCAUCUAUGAAACAGAAGCCAAGAAGUUUGGGCUUGUGAAAUGAAAGCUUCACGUUCAGCCUGGCUCCUCUUGCCAGAUCUGUGGCUGUCACCUUUUGGACCAUAGUGGUUCAACGUUUUUUUACUGUUUCGGUUUUCUGUUUUACCAGGUGUGCUCACAUAGAACUGGAUUAUCCACAUUGAUAGAAUGUAGCCUGAUUUCAGAGGCAUAAGUCUGACAUGAUGUGGCUUAUGAUUCGAUGUUGCAUGUGAAAAGGAUACAAUGUCAAGCAGCUACCAGAACUAUCAGAAUGAAAACAAUUGGUGCCUAUACGAUAUCUGAAUCCCAUUUGUGAAGGCAGGAAUCAAUGUACAGGGAAUGUGUUUUCUGUCGAGUAAACACAUGCAUAUUUUGAAUAAAGCAGUGUAAAUGAUUUUCUUUUUGCUUGGGUUAUGAUAAAAAAACUAUCAUUUUAAACAUUUUACAAAUUUGAUGUCCAUAAAUUACUGUCAUUACAUGGAUUGCAUUUGAAUUUGGCUUUUUCAAUGAUAAAAAAGAACUUUAUUUGCAAAAACGCUUAUUCAACAGAAUAAUUGUGUUGUUUUAUACACUGUGGGGUGGGUAAUUGGGACAUGUACAGUUUUAACGACUGUUUAAGUUUGAUUUGACAACAUUCAAAUUAACCAUGUGAAUGUCAUCUUGCAAACUGGCUGGAAAUGUUAAAGCGCCUCAAGUUUUUCACAUUAAAACACACUCCAAUUGGCACAUACACACUUGUAUCUAUAAAAUUUGAUUAACGAAAGGACAUCGUCGUGUCUGAAGUGCAUUGUUUCAAAGUUGGUGAUAAUUUCUUUUAAUUGAGAUUGAAAUUCAGCACCAAGAGCUAAUGUUUUUUUUCUGUUUUGCGUUUGGCACCAAAUGUCUGCAGCAUUAGCUGGAAAUUUACUCACAAUACGAAUUUCAAAUAAGAUGUGGGAAUGUGUGUGCAUAUACAUACUAUAUUUUGGGUUUUGAUUUUACCCCCUCUGCUGUUGUGGUAGCAACUUGUUGGUGAAGUAACUCAACGGAGCAGGUGAAAGGAACAUUUUAUAUCACAGCUGAACCCUGUUGAUACGAAUGCAUGACCAUGCAUUUGUAUUAUGCACAUACACUGCUGUGCGCAGUUUAAAUUACUCCAGACGUUUUGUAAAUAUCGAUUUCUCUUUCAUGACUUGAAUAGAUAAGAAAGUUGUGGUGGAUAAUGGCUAUGAUUUGCAUCGACUGCAAGAGUAUGUGGUAAUUGCUGUCAGGGUAAUUUUUGUUUUUUUUGUUUCGGUAGCCUGUGUCAUCAAUUUGCUUUUUACAGUAUUUGCAGUCCACGCCUGAAUAAACUUUGUAAGUUUC